CAUAGAUCUGCUCUCCACCGGCCGACGCCUACUAAUUGGGAACUCGAUCCAGCAGAUGAAAUGGCGGUGAGGCAGAGGAUUUUUAACUCAACAUCACCGUUCUCCGGGUCCUCCCCGGCUGAGCUGAAGGGGUCAUACCCAUCCUGCUCAGCUGCAGACCAGGAGACAGAGGAGGAGGAAGAGGAGGGAAAGGACAGCAAAAUGGGCUACAUAGCCUAUAAUAACCCUAUGAUAAAUAAGGUCCUGACACAUGGGACUGCAGAGCAAGUGGGGAAAAUGCCACUGAAGACCUCACCCUUCAUUGCCCAAGCUGAAUGUGAAACCCAGGUGGAAUUUAGUCCAUCCUGUUCCGAACGUUCCUUCUCCUCCCACUACAUCAACAGCCCUUCCUUAGAGCACAACAAUGUGGCAUGCCAAACAACAGCGUCCAUCCAAGAGCCGAGCGGCUCGGCACAACAUGCCCCUAGAAAGAAGAACAGGAAGAGACAGAAGCGCAAAGGGAAGAAAAAACUUGAAAAGAAGAAGGAGAAGCAGCGAUACAGACAUCGGAUGCCCUCUGGAGUCCCUGAACAGGAGAGUGGAAGUUCUCUGGUCCAGAUCCUGGAGCCGUCGUCUCUUGGAGGCCGAGGAGACCUCAGUACUUCUUGCUGUAGCAGCGUUGAAAGCUCAGAAGAGCAGGACAGAGGGCCUUCUCUUUACGGCCGACAGGCCUACAUCACCGGUUCCAGCUGCUCUCCUCUGAACUGGAGGGACGAAGUCUGCGGCCCCCUCUCCAGUCUCCAUUCCUACGGGCAGGACAGCGACUCAGACUGCCUCAGCAGUCUGGGAGAUUAUUCGCUGGCCCUUGCUGGUCUCAGGGGCAGCGUCAGUCAGGGGGACCCAUGCUAUGCAUUGCCCUUUGUCAAAGAUGUGGAGAGGGAUGUCAGAGAAGAGGAGUAUGAGCUCUCAGCAGCUGAUUCUCUUGGCAACGAGGGAAUCAUCUUUUACAAUGAAAAAAUCCAGCCUGUGGACUCAGAAUACAGGGAAGGGAGGGAGUAUGUCCUCACACAGUUUGUGAAGGAAGGCUCCUAUGGUGAAGUACACGGUGCUCGAGAUGUCAACACAGGCUUCAAUUUUGCUGUCAAAAAGAUCGCCUUGAAGAGGUUUAGCAGUGAGGAGGUGGGUGCGUGGAGUGCCCUCAGAUCUCCUCGUGUGGUGGAACUCUUUGGCGUGGUCAGAGAGGGGCCUAACGUCCUCCUUUUCAUGGACCAAAAAUCUGGCUCUCUGGGCCAGCUGAUAGCAGACUGUGGCCGGCUGCCAGAGGACCUAAGCCUCCACUACCACUCGCAAGUCUUAGCAGCGCUGGAGCACUUAGUGAAGAAAAAAGUGGUGCAUCUAGACAUCAAAGCUGACAAUGUGUUGCUGUCGGAGGACGGUAGAGACACCUUCCUGUGUGACUUCGGACAUGCAGAGAGACUUGACAAUCAGGGACAGAGCCUGAGUGGGUCCAAAGAUCUCAAGGGCUCAGAGACCCACAUGGCCCCUGAGAUUGUAAAAGGGGAACCCCGCGGAGCCAAAGCAGAUGUGUGGAGCAGCUGCUGUAUGUUACUGCACAUGCUGAAUGGGUGUCAACCUUGGACAAGAUACUACACCUGCAGACUUUACCUGAAGAUUGCUAACGAGCCUCCGCCUCUGAGAGAGAUUCCACCCGACUGCAGCCCCCUCACGGCUGAAGUUAUCAAGGUGGGACUUCAGAAGGAUCCAGCCAAGAGAGCAUCAGCAUCUGACCUCAAAGAAAAAACUGCCAGAGCUCUGAAAGAAGUGGGAGGACUCACCAGCCCAGUGAAGGGGCCCUACACAGAGCCCCUCUAUUUUGCCGAAAAACCUCCGGACUCCCUACAACUUAUCAGUAGCAGUGUUGACUAUGAGGAUGAGGAGGAACAUCAAGAGUCUGUUGACAAAGUGAUCACAGCAGGGAGGAAGACAAGGGACCUGGGCGACGACGAUGAAGAGAAGGAGGCCGAGUCAAAGCGAGGCUCGCCUUUCUGUCCACAAACGCUGAUCUCUGAGCUGAGCCACAAGAGGGGCAACAAGAUCACCACUGUGCCUGAACUCGAGCUACGUAAACUGGAGAGAGAUUUCUACCAGAGCACUCUGUCCCAGCUUCACCCUGCUGAGAUGCAGGAGCAGCUCUUGUCUUGUCUCAGCAGUGACCCGUAUACCAACUGGGAACCAUGGGACAAAAAGGACUCUGGUCGCUGGUCUCUGAGCCCAGGAGACGAAUUCAGCUCUGGCGUCUUCUCCUACGACAGUCAGCCAGAUGUGCAGGUCGUCAACGUGGAUUUGCUGAAUCACACACAGCUACCAUCGCCCUGCUGUUUCGAAGGGGUGGAUGUCUGCAUCAGAGACUUCAACAGGAAAAGCAUUCACAUCAGAGAGGCGCGCCGGGUGAAAGUGGGCCACAUUGCCACUGGAAUCAGUUAUCAGAUCCCUGAGAGGGUUUUCACUUUGGAAACCCAGCAGGGCCAGCAGGUCGCUCACGAUGAGGAGGUGCUGGAGUCCGGUCUCGAGCUCUGCUGUGUUCCUGCUCCAGACUUCAGCUCUGCCUGGAGGUGGAGGAUCAGAGACAGCGUGCUGGAGACGAGAUAGAGCGCUCAGCUCUCUCCUCCCAUCAGCUGCAGUGUCAUCUUAACCGUUGCACUUGAGGCCUUCUAUUAAACUGUGUCUAUGUGGACCAAACUUUCAUGAAUGCUAAAAAUAAAUCAGCCGACGCUGCCUUUUUUUAGCACCUUUUUCUGUACUUCUCCAUGCAGCACUUUUUCUUUUCUUGCUUUUAAAGUGUUACUCUGUCAAAGCACUGAGUUUUUUAUGACCACUGUGAUGUUUACAUGUUGCGUCUUUUCUUAUUGCAUGUCUACAUUGAGUCAUUAAACAGUGUAUAAAACUGA